GGGAUACUCCAAAGACUCAAAGAGCUUUAUUUCCAGGUUUUGGGGAGAGUUCAUCCAAACAAGGAACUCACUCAUUCACUCACUAGUCACUGCCAAUAAUGUCGAAACAAAGGUUGGUUGGUAAGGUGGCUCUUAUCACCGGUGGAGCAAGUGGGAUUGGUGAAGAGACAGUGAGAUUGUUCGCUGAACAUGGAGCCCUUGUUGUUGCAGCAGAUAUUCAAGAUGAACAAGGUCAGCAAGUUGCUGCUUCAGUAGGGUCAGAUAAAGUAACAUACCACCACUGCGAUGUGAGAGACGAAAACCAAGUCAAAGAAACCGUGAAAUUCACUUUGGAAAAGCAUGGUCGCAUAGAUAUCCUGUUCAGCAACGCUGGAAUAUUAGGUCCUUUAUCUUGCAUCCUUGACCUUGAUCUGAAUGAGUUUGACAACACCAUGGCCACAAACGUUCGCGGUGUAGCCGCCACAAUCAAGUACUCGGCACGUGCCAUGGUUGCCAAAAGAAUCCGCGGAUCCAUCAUAUGCACCACCAGUGUGGCUGCUACGGCUGCUGGAACGGGUCCUCAUGGUUACACAACAUCGAAACAUGCUCUUUUGGGGUUGGUGAAAUCAGCUAGUAGUGAACUUGGAGCUUAUGGAAUAAGGGUUAAUAGCAUAUCUCCUUUUGGAGUUGCCACACCCCUUUCAUGCAAAGCUUUCAACUUUGAACCUCAAGAAGUUGAAGAUCAGAGCUGCUCACAUGCUAAUCUGAAGGGUGUUGUGUUGAAGGCUCGGCAUAUAGCAGAAGCAGCUUUGUUUCUGGCUUCUGAUGAAGCUUCUUACAUCAGUGGCCACAAUUUGGCGGUGGAUGGUGGUUUUAGCGUGGUUAUUCGUAGUUAUCCUUUUACACCUGUAGACCCAGAUAGUUUAAAUUUUUGACUGAUAAAUUGGCAAUAAUUUCUUUAUUCUCCUUCAUGUUGAGGACGUGAUGUCAUGCAGUGCGUCAAAUUACUUUGUUACCAUUUGCACUUACUCAUAAUUUCUGCAGUGUCUCUCUACUUUGUUUGUAUUUUCGAAGCAUAAAUUCAUAAACCUUGUCUGCUUGUGAAUCAAAAGCCAGUUUGCUUUCUUUGUACACUUUCCCUUUUCUUUUCUUGUGUUUAGGUUCUUAGCCUCAACUGUUUCAAUCCCUCUUUUUUUGUUGUCCCCCUCUUGUCCCCCCAAUUCUAUUGUUUUUCAAAG